AUGUUUACUCCGUGUGCUAGUAUUAUAAUUGUGCUGGUUGCGGCACUCGGCUGGUCGCAGGAGGCUGUGGCAGUUGAGGCAGUGGCAACGGCAACGACAACCCCAUCGCCACAUCUGCUGUCCACGCGAUCGCUGCGCCUGCCGAACGAUACGUACCCAUUGAGCUAUCAGCUGGACAUUAGCACUAAUAUACAUCUUGGGGAUUGGCGCUUUAGCGGAAAUACCACCAUAGACAUUGAGAUUAGGCGUUCAACGAAUGAGAUUGUGCUACAUGCAAAGAACUUGAGCGAUAUUCAGAUAACGCUGCGACUACUUGACCCACACAUGCCAGAGGCUUUGGGUGAACUUGUGGAUGAUAUUACGCAUACGUAUGAUCCGCAUACCACAUUUCUCAUCGUACAUCCGCUCGUUAACUAUCAGGCCUUUGAGGCCGGACAGCGAUAUCGACUGCACAUCUCCUACACGGGCCUGAUGGGCACUCGUCCUAAGGGUCUGUAUUGGAUGGCCUAUGAGGAGCUGCUCAACAAUCGGACUGUCUAUGUGGCAGCCACCCAAUCGGAACCGACAUAUGCACGUUUGAUCUUCCCCUGCUAUGAUGAGCCCGCCUUUAAGUCCAACUAUAGCAUCAGACUGACUCACAGCAGCAGCUUGAUGGCAGUUUCAAAUAUGCCAGUGCUCGAGGUGCUAAAUCAUGGCGAGCUGACAACAACCACUUUCCAGACUACACCGCCCAUGUCCACAUAUUUGGUGGCAUUUGUUAUCUCCAAUUUUGAGCACAUCUCGGAGACGUAUCGCGGCGUUACGCAGAGCAUCUAUUCCUCGCCCACAAGCAAGGACAAGGGUCGCACCGCACUAAAGAAUGCAGUGCUUACUGUGGCCGCACUGGAGGAUUACUUUGGUGUCCGAUACUCGCUGCCCAAGUUGGAUCACGUGGCGCUUAAAAAGAACCAGGGCGCUGCCAUGGAGAAUUGGGGUCUAAUCACCUUCCGGGACGAUAGUCUGCUAUCACUGGAUGUAACGGACAAGCACAAGCGUUUAAAAAAUAAACUAAUGCAGAAUCACGAGAUAUCGCAUCAGUGGUUCGGUAAUCUGGUGUCGCCGGAAUGGUGGUCCUACGUCUGGAUAAACGAAGGCUUUGCCACCUACUUUAGCUAUGUUAUAACUGAUUUGCUGCAUCCCGAAGACAGGGUCAUGGAUAUAUUUAUCAGAGAUGAAGCGGAGCAUGCUUAUAGCUACAGUAGUUUCUUUGAUGUGCGCCCAAUGACAUACUACGUGGAAACCGAGCCGGAUAUUAUGCAUGUCUUUGAUAUUAUAAGCUAUAAGCGUGCCGCCUGCGUCAUCAAGAUGUUUCAUCACGCCUUCCAUCAGAAGACCUUUGUGCAGGGAAUUAGCCGUUAUCUGAAGAAAUUCCAAUACAGCGUUGUCAGCGAGCAGGAUCUGUUCGAUGCCAUCCAGGAGUCCGUGCUGGAAGAUGAACAAUUCCUGCAACAAUCCUGGGCGCAUAUGGUGCGUGACAUCAUGCUGUCCUGGACGCACAGUGAAUGGCUUCCCAUUGUCUCGGUCAUACGGAACUAUGAGAACGAUACAAUCACCCUGAGGCAACGUUCGAUACACUCAAAGAGUGAGCACUGGUGGAUACCACUGAACUUUGCCAGCGCCCAGUCGCCCAGCUUUGAGCAUACGCAUGCCGAGUACUUUAUGCCGCCGGUCAUGGAGCAUACGUUGAGUCUGGAGGAACUGCAGCUGCAGCUGGGAGGACGCGACUGGCUGAUUGUUAAUAAACAGCAGACGGGCUUCUAUCAUGUGCUCUAUGAUACGGACAAUCUGCAGGCAAUUGCACGGCAGCUCCAACAGAAUCAUUCGCUUAUACAUGCCAUGAAUCGCGCGGCGCUAUUUCAGGAUCUGGCUCCACUGAUCGAACGCAAUGAGCUCGAAUCGGUUGAUGUGAUCUUUGAGCUGUUCAAGUAUUUGAAAUUUGAGGAAGAUCUAACGCCCUGGAGUCAGGUGGCCAACACCAUAGAGUUUCUCGACUGCAAUCUCUAUGGCACCACAGCCCAUUCGCUGUUUAAGCAGUUCGUGCGUCGUUUGGUUGCGCCCACAUUUCUGCGUCUCUUCCACAAACAUGAUACUGCAGAGGCAACCAUGGAUAUACUGGCACGCUCCGAUAUCUUGCACAUGGCCUGCCGUGUGGAUAUGCCCGAAUGCCUGGACUAUACGCAUCGGCUGGCGCAUGAGUAUAUCUUCAAGAAUAAUAACUUUGAGAGCGAUUAUCCGGAUUAUUAUGCCAUGCACGAUAUUAUAUUGUGCAUGGGUGUGCGACACCUGAGCGAUGAGGAGUUCGGCAGGUUAAUCGAUUUGCUGCAUGUUACGGAUCGAAAUUCUGCCUAUUAUGAUGAUAUGAUUUAUUCGCUGCGCUGCACACAAAGUCAUCAGCAUAUGCGACACUAUUUGAAUCUGUUGCUGGGCGAGAAUUCCACGUAUACUUUGCUGAACGAACGGGAGGCUAUGAUGUAUUUGUCCUAUGUAUUCAAAUCGAAUAUGGCGGCACGUUCGGUUAUCUGGCAUUUUAUAGACCAGAACUACAAGUUGCUCGCUCGAUCCACCUUCUUUGUGCAGCUGUUUAAUGAUAUUACCGAAUUCGUGCCAGAGCGUCAAAAACACCAUUUUGCCACGUUGCGUCAAAAUAUUGAAAUGUAUCUGCAACUGGAGCAUCUCAGUCCCAAGCAGCCUUUGAUAUCUAUAGACUCGCGGCGGGUGGGCAAGAAGAUGCGCAACAGCGAACAAUUUUUGGAGAAAUUCGAGCGCCAAAUACACAAUUGGCUGCUCAAGGAACUGUCCCCAGCUGGCAGUGAAAACACCUAUACAGCAUCUCUCAGCGUGGCCAACGGGUCCAAUCGACCCGCAGGCCUAUUGAGUGCGGCCAGCAAAAUGGUACGCAGUGCGUUACGCGUAAAGCUGCAGUUUUAGCCAUUGUAUUAAGUGUAUAAUUUAAGUCGAAAGUUAACUAAAAUAAAUUU